AUGGGAGCCUUGUCCGUGGUGGUGACCAGUGCCUUGCUAACUUUGCUGUUCUUGUGCAGUCCUGGGCAUGGAGUGUCGUACUUUGGGGACAGUUACUGCGUCCAGAAACCGUUCCAGGACAUCUCCACGUUUGAGUUGUCUCUGGUGAUGAAGACGAGCAGGAGGAGUGGUCUUCUACUUCUCGCCGCUGGGACCGACGACUACCUGUUCCUCGAGUUACAGAACGGCAAAGUGCAGGCCCGGAUGAACUUGGGUGCUGGGGAGGUCACCCUGUCUUCGUCCUCUGGGGUGCAGCUCAACAACCUCCUGGACCAUAAGAUCUUCCUCAGCCUGACCGAAGACACCCUCACCAUGACCAUAGACGACAGCUUUUCCACCUAUGUCCCUGUAUCCACCGACGGGGAGGAACUGAACAUCGACGUCGGGGUUUGGCUCGGAGGCACCGGAAACCUGGAUGCUUCCUACCUCAGCAACGCCAUCCCGCCUUUCCGUGGAUGCAUGUCCGACGUCACAUUCAAAUCACAUCAGUUUGACAUCCUCAGCAACGCAUUCAAAGAGUGCCACGAUACUAAGGAGUCCUGCAGUGGCGAGUUUGAGGCAGCGGAUGGCGAGACAACCAGUUUUAGCACACCGCAAUCAUUCAUAUCUUUCUCAACUUGGAGCAAAGCAACCGGAGGAACAAGGACGUUGGAGUUUCUAAUGAAAACGACAAUUGAAGAUGCGUUACUAGUGUUCCACCCUGGUUUAGACAGUGACUUUAUCGCGGUAGGAGUUAUGGGGGGGUUUCUAAAAGGCGUGAUUGAUGUUGGUAGCGGUAUGGAAGUAAUUGACAAUACGCUUGUCCAAGUAGAUGAUGACCAAUGGCACAGGGUUAAAAUUAUAUUGGGGGAAAACUCAUUUGAAGUUCAUGUCGAUAGCCAAAUUGCAUCCCUUCCGCUUGAUUCUUCCCAAAAACUGGAUUUGGUUGGUAAUCUUUAUCUGGGAGGAAUUCAAGAGAAAAUGAAAGAGGUAUUUCGUGACAGCGGAUCGUUGAGCCGAGCAGAGGAUGAGAUAACUGCUGAAUCAUUCAUAGGUUGCUUGGGGGAAGUCAAAGUCAACAAUAAGGACAGAAGCCUGCAGGAUGCACUGGUGACCAAAGAUAUACAUGUGAAAUGCGAAGGGGAUGACUACGAUUACUCUAGUUAUUACGAUGGAGAUGGAGCGACAACUGCCCCUCCUGUUUUUAUUGGCUAUGACGAAAUCGAGUUAUCUGAACAACACUGCUUCCCGAAUAAAGACACUCCAGAUGUUUUCAAAAACGUGACUAAACUACUCGACAUCACACCGCUACUUGUCCCGGAAGAAGGAGAUGUUUUAAUUGGUAUAAAAAACCUACUCCCAACUUUUGACCUUGGCAGCGCGGGCAUGCAAAACUCUCAAAUAACUGUUACGCUAAAAAGUGAUCCCUUCUACGGGCUGGUUGAUAUCAAUACGAAUAAUAGGCGCUUUAAAAAAUUCACCUUGCAAGAUUUGGUUGAUAAGAAGAUUAAGUACAUGCAUGAUGGCAUACAAAACAACGAAAGGCACCCUGAUCAAAUCCAAAUCGAAGUAGUCGCGCAAGGUAUUGACAACUUACCAGAGUGUCUAAAGUCACCUCAACGUUAUAUACUACCUGUUGAAGUUAUCCCUGUCAAUGAUAUUCCACAGCUUAGAGGAGGGGAAAUUGCCAUCACGGAAAAGGGAAGAACGCGAUUGAGCCCGAAUCUUAUGAAAAUCUUGGAAUCUGACACCCGUUGCGACACGUUUGUGGUAACAGUGACAUCAGAGCCUCCGUUCGAAGUCGGUUACCUCGAAAAUGACAAACAACCUGGCAACCCAAUCACAGAAUUCACUUGUAGAGACUUACAAGAUGGAAAAAUCUACUUUGUGCACAAGGGAGGAGACACUGAUGGUGAACUUACGUUAGAAGUAUCAGAUGGGCAAUUCGAAAGUCAUUCUACUACUUUCAAUCUCGUGGCUACCCCUGCACAUAUUACCAUUUUAGCUAAUGCCGUGCUGCGUUUAACCCAAGGAGAAAAUGCAUCUAUAGGAUUACAUUUAGUUAUGCUGUCCAAUCCUCGCGGUGGAGAUAUUCUAUUUAACGUUACCCAACCAUUGCUUUACGGUAAAUUAUUUAUUGUGACAGAUUAUGGCGUUUACAAGGAAGUUUCAAGCUUCUACCGGUCCGAUCUUGAAGAAGAACGACUGAAAUAUUUUAGCACAGAUUCAACCGACCAGGAAGACAUUGUUGUAGAAAGGAUACAAUUCAACGCCCAUUUGGGACAGUAUACUCUUUGGAAUAAUACUUUUAUAGUAAAAAUAGCACCAGCUAAAGUUAAAGUAUCCACUUUAGUGCCACUUGAAGUCUAUGGAGGGGAGAUGAAACUGAUCAAGCAAGCACAACUUUUCGCAGAGGUUGUAGAUCAAGAUACUAAUCCAGAAAUGUUAAAAUACAUUUUGGUUACGCCUCCAAUAAGAGGUGUGCUGCAGCUAUUGGAUACGCAAUUAGCCGAAGGAGAUAUUUUCACUCAACAGGACAUUUUAGACACUACGCUAAGCUACAAAGUGCGUGUGCAAGGAGCUGUGGACAAUACAGAUUCAUUUCAAUUCAGAGUUGUAUUUAAAGAUCAAUACUCGCCGUUGUAUACGUAUCCAAUUAACAUCAUCCCAACUGCCGAUGCUCCCGUUUUGACCAAUGAAAUGUUAACAGUGCUUCAAGGUGGGGAGGAAACCAUCAGCAAAAAUCAUCUUUGGGUGCACACGCCUGAUAUGGGAGAUUUUGUUUACCAAAUUACCCAAGGGCCAAAGCAUGGUCGGAUUAUAAGAAAUGCACCAUCAGGAAUGCCGAGAUUCGAAGGAGCAAUUCGGAUUUUCAGCAAUGAAGAUCUGGAGCUUGAUAGGUUGGUUUACAAACACGAUGGAUCGAAGACGACAAGUGACGAGUUUCAGUUUUCCGCAUUUGACCAGGAAGCGCAAGGCUCCUACGAUCAAGAAACGAUUAGGGGUGUCUUUAGGAUUACAAUUCAGACCAAAAAUGAGCACAUCCCUGUAAGAGUGGUCGAUGAAGUUUUGAAUGUGGUUCGUCAUGGGCAGCGUCUGCUAACAACAGAUGUAAUUCAAUUUAAGGACGACGAUUCUGGUUUUAACGACUCCCAAAUUGUCUACGCACGUGAAGGUAUCCUAUCUGGCAAUAUUGUUUCAUCGACUAACCCUUCGCAGCCACUUUUCCGGUUCACACAAGCCGAUUUGAGAGACAAAAAAGUGUUAUUCCUACACCAUGGAGCAGACCAAGAACGAUUUUCCCUUCAAGUGUCCGAUGGCUUCCACAAGACUACAGCAAUCCUCCAAAUCCAAGCAGGAGAUCCUUACCUACGGCUUGUCAACAAUACUAUGAUAGUUAUUGAUCACGGUGCAACCAAAACACUUAACACGACAUUACUGAGUGCGGAAACCAAUUUGGACAUUACAGACGAUAGUGAAAUCACAUUCAGGAUCACUGCAGCUCCUCAAGAAGGUAGAAUAAUUGUUAGUGGAAUUGAAGCUUCUGAAUUUACACAGGAAGACUUGAAGAAAGGCGUUGUUUCGUAUGAACAUAAUUACGAAAGUCUACAGUCCAAAGAUUCAUUUAGCUUCGUAGUCCAAGCAGAGGAGAGAGCAGAGGUGGGAACUUUCAAAAUUAAAAUCUUCAAGCAGGGAUACAGGUCAGAGCCACAGGUGGUCAAAAACGAGGUGAUUAUCUCCUAUGAAGGCGAGCACACCGUCAUCAACCAAGAUCACCUCAAGGUGGAGCAGGCUGACAUCCUCCCCUCAGACAUGGUGUUCACAGUGAAAGAGCCUCCUCGUCUGGGACACGUGGUGAAAAUGACCAACAGCUCAGACGGAUCCGAGUCCCCAAUGCUCGACUACAUCCACUCUUUCACUCAGAGCGACAUCGACCAGGGACAGAUCCUCUAUGUGUCUGCUUAUAUACAGGGAGAAGACAUCUUUACGGUGCACGUGAGUAAUGGUUUCACUGCGGUGGAGGAGCUGCAGAUCCUGGUGAAUAUCGUCCCCAGAUUCAUCCCUGUGCAUUCACUCAACAUCACGGUGAAGGAGGGCCUUAGCCGGAUCAUAGACUCCAGCGUGGUCAACAUCUCCCACCCCUUCUACGUUCUGGCCAAUCUGGACUUUGUGGUGGACGAGCCUCCUCAGCACGGAGAGCUGCGGUCACAGGUCCAAGGAGAAGAAGUCCCGUAUUUCACAUGGAACGAGCUGAAAGAGGGUAAAAUCUUCUACCUUCACGACAGCAGUGAGACGGAGGAGGACUCGUUCACCCUGUCUGCGUCAGCGUACGAGAUCGAGAGGAGGAGUCUGCCCAUCGUCAUCGCGGUCACCGUCAUCCCCGUCAACGAUGAACCGCCCAGGCUCUCGCGCAACACCGGGCUGGAGGUUCUGGCCGGAGAGGAGGCGGACAUCACGGCGGCCAUGUUACAGACCCAGGACUCAGACACUCCCGCAGAACAGCUGGUCUACAACGUGGAGGCGCCCAUGAGCGGCAGGGUGGCUCUGAAGGAGGCUCCGGAUGACGAGAUCAUGAACUUCACCCAGGCCCAGGUCAACAGCGGAGAGGUCAUCUUCAUCCACGAGGGUGAGGAGUCUGGAGGGUUUGGGUUCACAGUGACAGACGGAGAGCACACGUCUCCUCUGUACCAGUUUGUGGUCACCGCCCGACCCCUCACCAUCACCAUGGUAACGCAGGAGGAGCUCAUGGUGUUUCCUGGAACACGGCAGCCCAUCUCCAGCGCCAACCUGGGGGCGGAGACCAACGAGGACGGCAACGAGAUCAGCUACUCCCUGAUCAGACCGCCUCGACUCGGGAGGCUCAUCAUCGCCCGGGGAGACAACCGCUUUGACGAGAUCACACGAUUCUCACAGACACAGCUUGAGUCCGGAGCAGUGUUUUAUGAGCACCAGCUUCCAGAAGAACCUUUUUGGGUCACGAGGGAUUCCAUAGAGCUGAUCCUGUCCUCGCAGCCAGCCCCAGACGUCAGACACAUCCUUCCCAUCACCAUCUCCUACUACGCUGCCCAUAGCAACGUCUCCUCACAGCUGUGGAAGAACAAAGGUUUGGAUAUCGUGCAGGGUCAGCGAAAAGCCAUUGACGCAUCUGUCCUUGACGCUUCCAAUCUCCUUGCCAGUCUUCCAGAAUCUAAACGCAAUGAGGCAGAUGUGGUCUACGAAAUCAAACAAUUCCCCUCCCGUGGCCGCUUAACCCUUGGAGGACAGGACUUACCCCGGGAAUCGCCUUAUUUCGUGCAGGAAGAUAUCAACAAUGGAGCUGUGGAAUACGUUCACGACGAUUCCGGUGCUACUUCUGAUAGCUUUGCGUUCAGAGCAAGACUUAGGACUUCAAACCAAGGUACCUCUUCACCAGCUGAAUCUGUAGUUUUGGAUGAAGUCUUUAACAUACCGAUCAGACGACGCGGUUCCGAUCCUCCAGAAUUGGUAACUUCGGAUAUGCUUCUCGAAGUCCUUCAAGACUCUAUGACCAUUUUAAGUCAAAAACAUCUCAACACCCAAGAUGAAGACAGCUCGCCUGAUGAGGUACACUUUAAGGUGACGAAACCGCCCAGAAACGGAAGACUCUUGUUCUUGCCAAGAAUGGACAUUACGACAGACUUCACCCAAGAUAUGGUCAAUCGCGGUCAAAUUGGAUUCCACAGUGAUGGUAGUCUACGAGAAGGGUUUUUCGAGUUUUACGUCACAGAUGGAGAGCACCAAACCGAAUCAUUUACGCUUCAUAUUGGCGUCCUUGCUCACACUUUAGUUCUAACCAAAGCUCCCGAAAUCAAAGUUAAACAAGGCGAUGACGAAACACUCAUUACUGAAGAGAUGUUGAAAGCUACUACGGGUGGACCAAUAAAAGAAGAUGUACUUUAUAAGAUUACAGGUGUACCCAAAUACGCAGCUGUUAUGGUAGAUCGCCAACCAACUUCCGCAUUCACGCAAGAACAAAUUCGCCAAGGUAGAGUCAGCGUCCGCUUCGUCAAAUCUACAUCUCCGCGGGAUAGCGUAGCCUUUGUCGCUCGUAGCAGGGCCGCUAACACGUCCUCCACUCUUAACAUCACAGUCCAACCGCUUGCUAACAUUGCCGAAAAUCCGAUGUUACCUCAAGGCACCAAAGUGAGAGUGGAUCGUAAACUUUUGGACGCAACUCCACUGGCGAACAAAACGAGAACAUUGCCAACGUUUACAGUCAUCCAGCAACCGAAAAGUGCGAGGUUUGUUAUUUCUGAUGGUCCAAAGGCAGGGCAGACCAUAGACUCAUUUAGCCAACAGGAACUAGAUGAUGGGCGCGUUGCUAUGGAAAUCAAACCAUCGCGUUCUGGUUCGAAAUCAGGUGUGAGUAAAGACGAAGCUAGGUUUUUGCUCAAAGCUCAUGGAGUCCCACCUGCAGAAUGUGUCCUAUCUUUUCAAACUAGCCCUUAUAAUGCCACAGGUGUGUAUCCUGUGACUCUAUUAAGAUUACCGUCUGGGUACGACCUUCCUGUUGGCACCCAAGAUAUGCCACGAAUGGGUGACUGGCCCACCACCGCUCCCACUAGCAACCAUAGAAAACCAGUCGCAUCUAAACGUAGCAACAUCUGGUCCAUUCUAAUCCCAAUUCUUGUAAUUCUCCUGCUGCUCCUCCUGGCAGCGAUCUUGGCGUACUACGUGAUCCGUAAGAAUAAAACGGGCAAGCACAACGUCCAAUCAGCAUCUGCCUCCAAGCCUAAGAACGGAGAAGUAGCCGGAACAGAGACUUUCCGGAAAACUGACGCAGCCAACAACAUCCCCAUGGCGACGGUGGGGGGGAAAGAUGCCGAUCCAGAGUUGCUGCAGCAUUGUCGAACAUCGAGCCCCAGCAAGAAUCAGUACUGGGUGUAGGACUUGGUGAAUAGGUUGCGUUCACGUUGUAUUUGAUGGUGUCAUAGUUUCAGGUGGAGUACCUCUAGAAAUAUGCAAAUAGAAAUCCUCAAACGUUGAACCUUGUUUGGGAUUGACUCCAUAUUAAUCUGACAGUUAAACAGCAAAUCGCACCAUAGAAUUCUGACCUGUCCAGCUCCAGCUCAGUUUAAACUAUGGGGUUUCUAGAGUCGCUGUGAUAUCACGUGAACGCAGCCUAUUCAAGAUGAACUCUCAAGAUUUCAAAACCGUCCUCAUCCAAUUCAACUUUUCCUCUUGCCACAGCAGUUUAGAUAAAAAAAUAAAAAGACAAA